AUGCUCCGCUCCUCCUCGCUCUGUAACCGCUCUGCAGCCGUUGCGAGCCGACUUGUCCGCCGCCUCGCCUCGUCGGACAUUGACGCGCAGCGGUGUGCUCACCUCGCACUCGGCCGCAUCGCAGCCGUUGAGCCACAUCCCAAUGCCGACAGGCUGGUGGUGUGCCGGGUUGAGGUUGCCCAGGAGAACGGCGUGUCGCCUGUAGAGACUACCAUUGUCUGUGGUGCGCCCAAUGUGGUCGAGGGCAUGUUCGUCCCGGUCGCCCUGCCCGGUGCUCGGCUGACUACCUUUGCCCCGCCGGCCAAGGCCAAGGCCGAUGUUGCUGCUCACUCGUCGCCAGCCUCGCCUGGCCCCGAUGCUGUCACUGCUCUCACUGGCGCCGGUAAGACUGUGGAGAUCAAGCUCAAGAAGGCCAAGCUCCGUGGCGUCAAGUCGGCUGGCAUGAUGCUCUCCGCCCGCGAGAUGGGCAUAGACUCGGGCGACCCAGCCCACUCGUCGGGCCUGCUCGACCUCUCGCCGUUUGUUGCUGAGCUGGUGGGAAGUGAUUCCAACGCGUGGUCGGCUCUUGACCUUGGCCAGGUCAUGGAUGCCUCCAACUGGCUCGGCCUCGGGUCAGUGGCGGAGCGCGGCGCCGCGCUCGAGGCAUGGUCGAGCAAGCUGACAUCGUACUCGAGCGCACUUGCGGUGCUCGAGUGGGAUCGCCACGUCAACAUGCCGCCUGGAGCCGCUGCGGCACGGGCAGCACCACUGUCGCAGCUUCAGAUGGCGUCCAAGGCCGUGGUCAUGGACGGCGACAUCGGGCCGAUCGCCGCGUCGUUGGCGUCGGAUCCUUACCUGGCCGCAGCCGCCGCUGAGACAGGCGAGUCGGAGCUCUCGCACCUGCCUGCGUCUGCCCGCCUUGCACUACGCAAGCGUGCAGUCACGGGAUCGGUGUCGGAUGCGCUCAUCGAGGCCGAGAGCAAGGCGGUGUCGGCGACGCUCGCGGCGUGGUCGGCGAGCAAGGCGCAGCCGGACGCACAGCUGGACUGGCCGGCCUUUGCCCCGCUGCUCCAGGAAGUCAUCGACGUCAAAGUGGCGCAGGCUGCGGCGGUCGACACUCACGCUGCCGGCAUCGAGAGCGAGACGCCGUACGAUGUGGCGCUGGCCAUGUUCAAUCCAGGGCUCAAGUUUGCCGAUCUCGGUCCGAUGUUCUUUGAUGACCUUGCGCCUGCGCUCCGCGACCUGGUUGGCCGCAAGCCCACACUUGCAGAAGCACCUGAGGAGGUUCGGGCGGCGCUCAACGCGCCCGUGGCUGAUCGCGACGCGCUGAUGGGUCUGUGCAAGGAGGUUGUGGCCGCGCAGGGCUUUGACUUUGAUGCGGGGCGGCUCGACCUCUCGCCGCAUCCGUUCACCAUCGGCAUCCACAAGAGCGACGUCCGGAUCACGACUCGGACCGAGUCUGUGCUCGAAGCGUUGCUGGCGACGGUCCAUGAGGCCGGUCACGGCUUGUACGAGCAGGGUCGCGGGAGCGGCUCGGUGCCGUAUGGCACCCCGGCAAGCGACAUCCUCUCGGUCGGCAUCCACGAGUCACAGGCUAUUCUCUACGAGCGGUACAUCGGGCAAUCCCUGCCGUUCUGGGAGUGGGUGUGGCCCAAGGUCCAGGCGGCGCUGCCGGAGCUGGCGCCCGGCGCAUCGGCGCACGACGCGUACCUUGCAGCCAACGCGCCGGAUCUCUCGGGCAUCCGGGUCUCGGCCGACGAGCUGCGGUACCCGCUGCACAUUGUGCUGCGGACCUCAUUGGAGGCCAAGAUGUUCAACGGCGAGCUCAAGGCGGCGGAUCUGCCUGACGCAUGGAAUGAGGAAGCCGGCGCACUGGGUAUUCCCGAGGCUCGAGGCCCCGGUCCGCUGCAGGACAUGCACUGGGCGAUGGGCGCGUUUGGUUACUUUCCGUCGUACACGCUCGGCGCAAUGUACGCGGCGCAGAUGAUAGGCGCGGCGUCAGCGCAGGUUCCUGAGCUUGCGGACGGUAACUAUCCGGCGGCGUUUACAGCGCUCAAGCCCUCUGCGAGGCGCUGA